GGUGCCACGGUUGCUAUUGACUGUCCUCGCUUGUUCUGGCACCAGGACCUUCAGCUUUCCAAGCGAUGUCGGCCUACCUCCCACACCAGCAGACCGCCUACGCCGUCCACGGACACUUCACCCCUCAGCAAGGCUUCAUUUCCCCGAGUACGACUAUUCCUCUCCAGAAGCAAUUGGAACAUGCGAACCAACAGUCUGGAUUCACGGAUUCUGCCGGACUCGCCUACGUUCACCCGCAGCGACCUGCGUCUCCUGGAGGCUUCCCCCACGACACCCCACCCCAGCAGACCCUCGCGGCUGGCUUCCAGACGACGGGUCAGGCUGCACCGCGCCACGCCUACCUCCAGCACGGGCAGGGACAGCGUUACUACCACCAGUGACCGCGUAUGCAGCGUCUCCGUCACCGCGCCCGUCUCCACCCCCGCCGUGCGUUACGCGCCGCUUGUACGUCCGGCACGGUGAAAUUCCUCUGGCGCACGUUUCCGCGCGCCGUGUUUCCGCGCCGUCUCCAAAGUCCAGUCGGCUGCACGCGCUCGCUCGAUGUUCUGGAGUUGGCAGUCCCAGCGCGGAAAGAGGCCCAUCUUGCCCACACCGGCCAACAUGUCCCAGCUACACUAGUCAUAGAGUGAUACAGUGUGG